AUUCAUUAGUAGUCUUGGAAAGUGUCCGGUUUUAACGGAAUACACUAGACUAGGCUAUCAUGAUUUUGAAUAUAUCCGUUUCUUUGCUAAUAUUUCUGGCGUUUUAUGGAUUUUCAAGCGAUGCAAAGUCCCUUCCUUGCUCCGAAGUGAAGAAAGAGUAUGGAAUAGUUUGUCGUUGCAAUGCCACGUAUUGUGAUACAAUUGAACCACUUGGAACUGUUACUUCUGGGAAAGCAGUUGUCUAUACAACAUCAAGAAAUGGAAAAAGAAUGAACAGAAGUGAAUUGAAGCAUACAACUUCUUCUACAGCCAAAACAAAAGUAUAUGUGAACACAACUCAAAGUUUUCAACCGGUAAUGGGAUUUGGAGCUGCAUUCACUGAUGCUGCUGGAAUUAAUAUGAAGAUGCUGCCACAGACAAUGCAAGAUCAAAUUAUUCAGCAAUACUUUUCCGAUGAUGGUCUCGGGUAUGUUUUUGGACGAGUUCCAAUGGCUUCAACUGACUUUUCAACUCACGAGUACAGUUAUGACGACGUUAAAUUUGAUUUUGAUCUCAAAAAUUUCAAUUUAACAGUGGAAGAUCUCCAGUAUAAAAUUCCAUUUAUCAAGAAGGCAAUGACAGCUUCUGGAGGGAAAUUAAAGCUAUUUGCAACUCCAUGGAGCUCCCCAGGAUGGAUGAAAACUUCUGGAAGAAUGGUUGGUGCCGGAGAGCUAUUGGGAGAUCAGAAUGGAAAAUACUAUCAGACAUGGGCACAGUACUUUGUAAAAUUCUUCGAAGCCUAUCACGCUCAAGGUAUUGACUUUUGGUCUUUGACACCACAAAACGAGCCAACAACUGGAAUUGAUCCACUUUGGAAAUGGCAAACACUCUUUUUCGAUGCAUCAAUGGAACGAAAUUUUAUAAAGAAACUUUUGGGACCAGCACUUGCUUCAUCACCAGUGACUAAGAAUUUGAAGAUUAUGAUUAAUGAUGAUCAGAGAAUUAAUUUGCCACACUGGCCAAAUGUAAUUUUAACGGAUCCAACUGCUGCUCAAUACGUCCACGGAAUUGCAAUUCAUUGGUAUGAAGACUUCAUUGACCCAGCAACCGUACUCACUGAAACUCACGAGAAGUUCCCAGACUAUUUCCUUUUGGCAACUGAAGCAUGUGCUGGAUACUUCCCAGCAGAUGGACCAAAAUUGGGAUCAUGGUCUAGAGCUGAACAAUAUGCAAAUGAUUUGAUUAAAGAUAUGGGAAAUUGGGUUGGAGGAUGGGUUGAUUGGAAUUAUAUUCUUGAUUUACAAGGAGGACCAAAUCUUGCCAAAAACUUUGUCGAUUCAACAAUAAUCGUGAAUGCAACUGCUCAAGAGUACUACAAACAACCAAUUUGGCAUGUAAUGGCUCAAUUCAGUAAAUUUGUGAAACCGGGAGCUAUUCGUGUUGGAAUAAACAUUAUUGAGAAAUCAGUUGAUGUUGAGGGUCUUUCAUUUUUGAAUCAAGAUGGUACCAAAACUGUGGUUUUAUUGAAUAAAAAUGAGGUACUCAGCUUCGACGUGGCAAUCAGUGACGUCAGUGCUCCAAAUGUGAUCUAUGAUUUGACAAUCCAACCGAAUUCACUGAUUACAAUUGUUUAUAAAUAAAUUCUGAACAUUUUUGAAAUUUAGUAAAGAAUUAUGACAGU